GGCCGCCUCCCUCCUCGGCGCCGCCGCCGGCCUAGCGCAGGGUCCGGGACCGCGCGGCCGGAAGCAUGCUGGACUUCGCCAUCUUCGCCGUGACGUUCCUGCUCGCGCUGGUGGGAGCCGUGCUGUACCUCUACCCGGCUUCCCGACAAGCUUCAGGAAUUCCAGGGAUUACACCAACUGAAGAAAAAGAUGGUAAUCUUCCGGACAUUGUCAACAGUGGAAGUUUGCAUGAGUUCCUGGUUAAUUUGCACGAAAGAUACGGGCCUGUGGUCUCUUUCUGGUUUGGCAGGCGUCUUGUGGUUAGCUUGGGCACCGCUGAUGUUCUGAAGCAGCAUUUCAGCCCCAAUAAGACUUCGGACCCAUUUGAAACCAUGUUGAAGUCCUUAUUAGGGUAUCAGUCUGGUGGUGGGAGUGUGAGUGAAAACCACAUGAGGAGGAAACUCUAUGGAAAGGCUGUGUCGGCUGCUCUGCAGAGUAACUUUCCUCUCCUGCUGACGCUUUCAGAAGAAUUAUUAGAGAAAUGGCUGUCCUACCCAGAGACCCAGCACGUGCCACUGAGCCAGCAUAUGCUUGGUUUUGCUUUGAAGUCUGUCACACGGAUGGUUCUGGGGAACACAUUCGAAGACGAGCAGGAAGUUAUCCGCUUCCAAAACAUUCAUGGCACAGUUUGGUCUGAGAUUGGAAAAGGCUUCCUAGAUGGGUCACUUGAUAAAAAUACCACUCGGAAAAAGCAGUAUCAAGACGCCCUCAUGCAGUUGGAAUCUAUUUUAAAGAAAAUCAUAAAGGAACGAAAAGGAAAGAACCUCCGUCAACAUAUUUUCAUCGACUCCUUAGUACAAGGAAACCUUAAUGAGCAACAGAUCCUAGAAGACAGUAUGAUAUUUUCUCUGGCCGGUUGCAUAAUCACUGCAAGGUUGUGUACCUGGGCGGUCCAUUUCCUAACGAUGUCAGGAGACGUUCAGAAGACGCUACACACGGAGAUAGACGAAGUUCUUGGGGAGGGUCCCGUUACGUCAGAGAAAACUGAGCAGCUCAGAUACUGCCGGCAAGUGCUUUGUGAAACCGUUCGGACUGCCAAACUAACCCCGGUCUCUGCCCGGCUUCAAGAUACUGAAGGAAAAGUAGGCCCGUUUGUUAUUCCUAAGGAGACCCUCGUUCUCUACGCCCUCGGCGUGGUUCUUCAGGACCCCGGCACUUGGCCAUCACCACACAAGUUUGAUCCAGAUCGCUUUGCUGACGAGGCAGUGAUGAACACAUUUUCCUCUCUUGGUUUCUCAGGCACGUGGGAAUGCCCAGAACUGAGGUUUGCUUACACGGUGGCCACAGUGCUUGUGAGCACGCUGCUGAAGAGGCUGCGCCUGCUUCCCGUGGAGGGAGAGGUGUGCGAGAUGAAGUAUGAACUGGUCACAGCAUCGAGGGAAGAAACUUGGGUCACUGUCUCCAAAAGAAACUAGGCGUGUGUACACUUAACGGCUGUUAAGUAGAGGAAGGGGAGAUGCCCAGAGUAUGUGCUGAGUCCUUUUAUAAACCAGUGUCAUUUUGUAGUAUAAAACCUACUAGUGCUUUGUGAUGUAAAUGUGGAUUUUUAUAUGUCAAAUUUUCUUAAUGUAUGAUAUACGUUUAUACUUAAUGUACCAAUAUAUUGACAAGUUUAAUAGGAAAGUUUAAUUUUCUUUUAAUCUGUACUAUUUUAUAAGCCAUUGUUUUUGUAUUUUUAUUAUUAUUUUGGGGGCAGGAUUGAGACAAGGUCUCUCUGUGUAUCCUGGCUGUCCUGGAACUUGCUCUAUAGACCAGCCUGGCCUCAAACUCACAAAGAUCCUCCUGCCUCUUCCUUCUGAGUGCUGGGAUCAAAGGUGUAUGCCACCACUGCCGGGCUAAGGUAUUAUUUUUAAUCUUGAUUUUCUUAGUUUGAUCUCUCAAAUGAAUAAUCUAAGAGAAUUCUUUUGUACAAGACGGAGAUUUGUGAUUUCUGAAUAUUUAUCAAAGAGAAACAUAAUGUUACCUCCUUUGCAUUUCUAAUAAAUUACCCAUUAUGCUA